AUGAUGCUAGCCAAGCUCACCGUUUACUCCGCUUUUAUUGGGGCACUGUUAAUUCAGGCGGCGCCGUCCGCCUUGCAGGUAUCGCUCGCUACGCCCAACCAAGCCAACAAGUUCCAUGGUCCUCAGAGCGGCGAUUACGAAAUUCUCAAUGUCAAACUGGGCACAACGGCAAGGUCAUUCAUGCCCAGCGUUCCGCUUUAUGUGCCAGAGAAAGUCUAUAAGCAUGAUCCUGACCCGGGUCCAUACGCUCAGUGGACUGUCCAUCGAAUGGGCGACAAUCGAUAUGUUAUUCAGAACAAGCAACAGAACUUGCCAACCGCCGUCAACGAGAAUAAUCACAUUGUGGUGUCGGAAUAUGUCGCAGCUAUAUACGCGUUCGAGGCAGUUGAUGACGCUUUUUUGAUCAAAGCCAUCGGCAACGAAUCCCAAGUUUGGUCUCUUCAUGGCAACUUCGUUCAUUCGGAGGUGGUCAACCGUACUGAGAUCUCUUCGGGCCAGCUGUGGCGGUUCAGAGAGAUCAAAGCUUCCUCACCAUUAUUCCUCCCUAAGUUCACGGCAUUGUCCAACAAUCAGGUGAAGACAAACGGUUUACACAAAAUCGUCAAUAAAAGGGACGGGAAGGGCUACGAGGACGAGGACGGGCCUGUUGCCACCGCACUGUGGAAUAUUCGACCUUCCGAGUACGAGCCUGAUACGUACGAAAUCUGGAGUCAAUUAUUCAAUCUGCCAACCAAUGUCCUAUCUGAUAAUGCCGUUACACUCUUCCCGGGCCUGGCUGCCAGAUACAGCUUCAAGAGCGUUGGACGUUCCGACGCAGUGGUGAUCUGUCUUGCUGAGCGAGGCAUCUGGAGUUUAGACCCCUUAGCUGCAGUGCCAACCGUUUUUGUGAAGGAAUCAAGAGGCGACGACGAAACUUGGAGUGAGGAGGAUUUAUGGGAAUUGGUCAAGGUAGAUGAUGGGCUCGAGGACUCGAACCAGAAGUAA